AGAGAGAGAGAGAGACACACACACACAGAAAAAAAAACAAAAAAAAGAGAAAACGCUGGAGUGGCGGCCUUGACUAUUGAUCUCUAAACAUCUGGAACACCUCAUAUUUGUUUUACAAGGCAGAGGCGGACAGUCUGGGGCUGAGACACAGAGAGUGAGACAGCAGCAGCAGCAGCACGGAGCACUUGACACCUUUGCUUCACGGCAUCGAUAUGCAGUAGUGUGAUAGCAGCUCUGCGGAGACGGGAAGGCCAGUCCAUGGCAUCUUGAUAUUAAAACCGUGGGCUGUGCGCAUUCCUCACCGACGGCGUCGAAAGGAUUAUUACCUUGGUCAGAUAAACGGCGGCAAACGAGGAGAGGAGGGACACACACACACACACACACACACACACACACAACACAUCUUACCACUAAAUUACAUUUGACCAGAUUCUGUGUUGGGAGGUUUGGUGGGAUAUCACUGGACCUGCGAUGGACUCCAGCGCGGGGGAAUAUGGCAUGGCUCGUCUUGGAUUGUUUUUGGUUUUUUUCACGGGGCUGUGGAGAUUUAGCGAUGCGUGCCCCGCAUCGUGCACUUGCAGCAUCUCAAGGAUUGUUUGUAUUGAUUCUGAACCAGGGAUCGAGGAUUUCCCCAUGCUCACGUUAGAUGACAUGGAAAACAUCACCGAGAUAUUCAUUGCUAAUCAGAACAGACUGUUUGACAUUAACGACAACAGUCUGAGGCACUACAUAAACCUCAGAAACCUAACAGUGACGAGGACGAGACUGACGUCAAUAUCACCAGAUGCAUUUUUUAAUAAUACAAGACUUCAAUAUGUAAAUCUCAGACACAAUAAUCUAUCAAUAUUGUCUUGGAGAACAUUUCAGAACUUCAACACAACAUUGCCGCUCCUGCUGUUUGGAAACCCUCUGGAUUGUAUUUGUGAGAACCUGUGGAUCAAACUGAGGCUCCAAGAAGAAGGCGACGGUCAGGAGCUGAGAUGCACGGACGACAGAGGAGAGACGACGCCCUUUGCCACACUCACGCCGCCAGAUUGUGUGGUUCCCAUCGUGGAUGUCACGCCAAAGAUGGUGACCAAGAUGCAGGGGAGUAACGUGAAGGCCGUGUGCACCGCCACAGGCUCCCCUCCUCCCGAGAUCCUGUGGAACCUCGAUAUUCUCUCCACCCACCACGAGAUUGAACCAAAGGAAACAGAGAGCACCCUCACCUUGUCAGGCCUGUCUCCCGACGACAACGGCAGGGUGAUCAUAUGCAGUGCCGAGAACAUGGUCGGUCAGAUGGAGGCCACCAUUCACCUUAACAUUCUCUUUGCCCCGACCAUCCAGCAGCUGCUGGAGCCGGAGCAGAACCACCACUGGUGCAUCCCCUUCAGCGUGACGGGGAACCCUAAGCCCGAGCUGCAGUGGUAUCACAGGAACGUGACUCUCCAGGAGCAGGACUACAUCCACACCCAGAUCCACCUCUCCACUGAGAACGAGGACCACGGCUGCUUGCAGCUGGUCAACCCCACGCACAUCCACAACGGCGUGUACAGGCUGGUGGCAAAGAAUGAGUAUGGCUGGGACGAAAAGAAAGUCUUUGCCCAAUUCAUUGACCCACCUGAAAUAGGUUGGAACGAAACAGAUGAACCUCCAACCUAUACGACCACUUCUCCACUCCCUCCGUUGGACGACAGUGUCGCUGUGUAUGUGGUUGUGGGAAUCGCAGGAGUUGCCUUGACCGGCUGUGUCCUGAUGGUGAUCAUCCUGAAAUAUGGAAGAAACUCCAAGUUUGGUAUUAAAGGCUCCUCCUCAGUCAUCAGUAAUGACGAUGACUCUGCCAGCCCUCUUCAUCACGUCUCCAAUGGCAACAACACCCCAUCGUCCUCGGAGAUGGGUCCAGACGCAGUGAUCAUUGGGAUGACAAAGAUUCCUGUCAUUGAGAACCCACAGUACUUCCGUAACACCGGCAGCAUGCUGAAAUCUGACACGUUCGUGCAGCACAUCAAGAGACACAACAUCGUGCUGAAGCGGGAGCUGGGAGAGGGAGCCUUCGGGAAGGUCUUUCUCGCCGAAUGCUACAACCUGACGCCAGACCAGGAGAAGAUUCACGUGGCAGUCAAGACUCUGAAAGAGGCCAGCGAGAGCGGCCGAGCGGACUUCUACAGGGAGGCCGAGCUCCUCACCAACCUGCAGCACGAACACAUCGUCACCUUCUACGGAGUGUGCGUAGAGAGUGACCCACUCAUCAUGGUGUUUGAAUACAUGAAGCAUGGUGACCUCAACAAGUUUCUCAGGUCCCAUGGUCCUGAUGCUGUGUUAAUGGCAGACGGGCAACACAGCAUCCUGGUGGAGCUGACCCAGUCCCAGAUGCUGCACAUUGCACAACAGAUUGCUGCUGGCAUGGUUUACCUGGCCUCCCAGCACUUUGUCCACAGAGACUUGGCAACCAGGAACUGUCUGGUGGGGGAAAACCUGAUGGUCAAGAUCGGAGACUUUGGCAUGUCCAGAGAUGUUUACAGCUCAGACUAUUACAGAGUGGGCGGUCACACGAUGCUGCCGAUCCGCUGGAUGCCCCCGGAGAGCAUCAUGUACAGGCGGUUCACCACGGAGAGUGACGUGUGGAGUCUGGGAGUGGUGCUGUGGGAGAUCUUCACCUACGGCAAACAGCCCUGGUACCAGCUCUCCAACAAUGAGGUGAUUGAGUGCAUCACCCAGGGUCGCGUGCUGCAGCGACCCCGCACCUGCCCGAAAGAGGUCUAUGAUCUGAUGCUGGGUUGCUGGCAGAGGGAGCCCUACAUGAGGCUGAACAUCAAGGAGAUCCACAGCAUGCUCCAGAGCCUCGCCAAGGCCUCACCCGUGUACUUGGACAUACUGGGCUGAUGUGCCGGGUGUUCCUGUAUGUACUUUGCGUGCAUGUGUGCGUGCUGGGGCUUCAUACUAUGUGUUUGUGUGUUGGACGGAGAGGAGGAGGAGAAGAAGCUUGCGUGACUGUGUGGGUGCGUGUGUGUACAGUACCUGGCUGUAAAUGUUCCUGUAAAUGCUCUCCGUGUCCUCAUUACAUCGACAAAAGCCUUAAAUUCUUUUUCUUUUCUUUUUUUUCUUUUUUCUGCACCCAUCCACAGUAUUUGCCGAUGUUACCGAUGCAUGUUUCACAAGUGGAAACCAAAACGCGGAAAAGGAUUCUGUCACUUUAUCUAAAUCACUAACACGUUCACACACACACACACACACAGAUGAAGAGAAAAAAAACAAACAAAAAGAAACUCGAUAAUCAGACACUGGCUGUUCUGUUUACAUCCAUACAAUUAAUGCUGUGAAUGAAACCAACGUGUCCCUCCGUGUUUGGACACAACGUAAUUGUGAAUUGAGCGUGUCCUGCCAGAAGAUCCAAUUAUUCAUAAAGUUACAGCUGAAGCUUUUUCCUUUUAUACUCUAUGAAAUCGUAUGACAUACGGCCGUUUGUUUGAAUUUGAAACAUUUCUGUAUUUGUGUUAUUCCACACAAAUAUGCAAACGUUCUCAAAGAUUCCUGUUACAUAUAAUCUUGCUCAAGUCCACUGAACAAUCUUUUAAUGUAAGACCAGUGUUAAGGUAGUAAAACCUAAGGGCAUACAGCGUUUAUUUCUUUUUUUCUUUUUAAAUAAUGCUGUAAUCAUUUUCAUACAUUACACGAAUUACACAAGGUCAUCAGUAUUUAUUACGAUGUGGAGUGUUGAACGUCAUGAAGUGUUCAUUUGUUGUAUCUAAAGCACAGAGAAUGAGGACUCGAUGGUGUGAAGCUGUGCCUAUCUUGGAGAUGAGCACAGGUUGUUUGUUUUUUAUUAUUAUUAUUAUUAUUAUUAUUAUUAUUACUAUUGUUAUUAUUAAUUUUUUUUUUCAUUCACCAGCAAUGCCAUUAGCAGAUCUCUGUUGUUCGGUGGCCCAUAUCUGUAAGUGAUGUGGUCGUGUGUGUGUGUGUGUUUCUUCAGAGGCGGGUUUUCUGAUGUCGUGCGUGUGCUUGUUGGUGAGAUUGUGUGUUUAUGGUUUGACGACAGGUGUGACGAUGAAGAUGGGCUUCAGGAGUGUCAUAUUCAUGUUCCGUGUCUAAUUUGAUGCACCGUGUACUGAGGUCCGAGGUUUCUGAGGCGGGUUUGUGCGGUUGUGCACGUGUUGGAGUCACGACCUGUUUAAUUCAUCUUUAUUUCUAAUCUUUACUCGACAUAGUAGUCUAAGAGGCCGUCGUAAAAAGGGUUAAUUAAGAGUCUGAUUGCUCUUGAAGUGUCCCACGGGAGCUUCCAUCUCUCUCUCAGCAGCCCCAGUCAGCGGCCAGGGUGGUACGUAUGUGAUAAAGAUCCUCACUCUGGGCAGCAGUGAAACACAUCAGCAGACAUUUCCAGGAAGACUUUAACAUUUAGAAACUGUUUUUUAAACUACAAUCUGGUAAACAUUUUACAAAAGUAAUCAUUGUGCUACGGCCAUAACCCUGUAUUAAAGGUGAUUUAUCAGGCCAAUAUCCGCCCUUUAUUAUUAUUUCUAUUUAAAAUAUAAAACUGCACUGAAGCGUAGUCACAAACUGCAGAUUGAAGAGGGAGUUUAUUUAAGUUAUGCAAAUGUUGUAUACGAUUUGUUAAACUGUUAUCACUCAUGAUAACAGUUUACCCCUCCAUUACUGGAGGGGUAAAAAAUGAAGAAAUGUGACCAAAAAUGUUAGCCUAAAAAAAUAGCUUCACUGAUUUCUAAAGAUUAUUACACUAUCAGCAUUGUAAAAUAUAUGCACCAGAGAACUUUAGUGUUAAAAAGUCGAAAUAAAUUGAAGCAAGCAGUUUGCCAGAUGUUUCUAAAUACACUAAUAAGACAUAUGCACUUAGGUUACACUGUGUUUUCAUACAAAAACAUACUCACAUGUAACUGUCCCUCCAUCCGUUUUCAUUUGUGAGUCAGCAACAGGCAGAGACUGAAAGCAAAAGAGAAUUAUCACACGAUGAGAGGUUACAAUAUGGGGCAGUAACACAUUACACACUUUAAAUAGCCACCAAGAGUGAGAGCAUUCUGAACAUUUUGAUUCCCUCUCCACUGCAGUCCCUCAUUUCACUUCUCCACUGGUCGAGACAUUUUUGAGAGAAGCACCAAGGCUUUCAGCAUCAGACCUCCACAGCUGUAGCUCGCUGUGUUCGGGUGUUGAAGCUUGGCGUUGAACGUGUUGCGAUGUUGAAUUAAAACAGAGUUUGUGGCCUGAAAAAUUAAUCUUUAAUCUUUGAAAAAUACAUCUUCCCAUUAUAACAUAAUCAUUUUAACAAAAAUCGACUUUACACAUUAGUUUGAUCCCGCCACAGUGUUGUUAGAGCCUGGUCAAACAACAUGCUGCAUGCUUAUUGGCUCACUGACGCUGCUGAGAAAUCCUACCAAAAACUGGAUAUUGAAUGAUAACAUUUCUUCGAUACUGGGCGAUUCAGAGGAAGUUCGAUACUUAGCCGAUACCACAUAAGAGUGUAUAACAAUCAUAUAGAUGCAUAAAGCAGUACAGACAUUAUAAUAUGUUUGGUGGAGUGCACUUUGUAGCGUAACUUGAGCCCAAACGCACAACCUGACCACUCUCCUCGACCUCAGCUGCUUUUUUUUUCAUCCAGCCAUGACUGACGCAAGUAACUCAGACACCGUUUCCAUGUUCUCAUAGGAACAGUGCUGUACGACAACAUGUGUGUGCUGUAUAUAAACUGCUGUGCAUUCUGUACAGUUCUGAUAUUUGUCUAUAUGAAUAGUAGGAUAUGUUUAAUAGUAGAAUCUGUUUUAAGCAGGUAUCAUGUCAAAAGAAAACAAAACUGUGUGACAUCUAUUGAAGACAAUGUGUUAUGGGCCACUGGCAAUACAAAAACUCUAUGUAAAUAGGAUUUUAUUUGUGCUACAUUGUAAUAAUUUCUUUGUGCUCGUUCAUGAUUGCGGUGAGAAUACAAUCCUUUUUUGGCAACUUUUUUGAUCUGCGGAGGACUUUCUUUGAGCAAUGUGGGUUUUUUUUUUCUCUGGAGAAAAAGAAACAAA